UUGGGUAAAUUUGUCGGAGAUGAAAGUUAUUGGGCGGACUGGGAGAUGGGGUGCCAAAACGUUCCUAGCUCUAGUUUCGAGAUCGGAGACCCUAAGAUUCUUGGAAAUUUCGAUUACAAAAAUUACAAUACUACGUUGACUGUUACGGAAACGGAGGUUGAGGCUGAUAAUAUCAUCAUUAUUGGUGUCAGUCAUAUUGCGUAUUCUGUUAAGAGAAAAGAUCUCUAA